UCCCUGAUACAGAGAUGAAGAGACGAGAGGAGGAAGAGGAGAUGAAGACUAACGGUUCAGCUCAGAGAGAGGUAGAGGAGGAGGAGGAAGAAGAAGAGGAAGAAGAAGAGGAAGAAGAGGAGGAGGAGGAAGAGGAGGAGGAAGAAGAGGAGGAAGAAGAGGGAGUUGCUGCUGCUGCUGCUGCUGCUGCUGAUGAUGAUGAAGAAAAUAUAAACAAAGACCAGGAUGAGGUUGAUGCUGCUCUGAUGAAGGAGAAGAAGAAGAAGAAGAAGAAGGAGGAGGAGGAGGAGGAGGAGGAGGAGGAUAAGACCUCCGGUCCAGACAGGAAGUGUGUUCCAGGAAUCAUCUACCUGGGUCACAUUCCUCCGAGGCUCCGCCCCAAACACCUGAGGAACAUGCUGUCGGUUUAUGGGGAGAUAGGACGAGUGUUUCUGCAGCCAGAAGACCAUCAGGUGCGGAGGAGGAAGAAGAAGGUCGGCCUGCGCCGCUGUGAUUUCACCGAGGGAUGGGUGGAGUUCAGGGAUAAACGAGUGGCCAAGAAGGUGGCGGCGUCUCUCCACAACACGCCGAUGGGAACCAGGAAGCGCCAGCGAUUCUCCUCCGACCUUUGGUGCAUCAAGUACCUGCACAGGUUCCAGUGGACUCACCUGAGCGAGCGUCUGGCCUACGAGCAGACGGUCCUGCAGCAGAGACUCAGGACAGAAGUGUCUCAGGCGAAGAGAGAAACAAACUUCUACCUGAACAGCGUGGAGAAGAGCGCUCACAUGGACAAACUGAGGAAGAAGAGGCAGCGAGACGGAGAACAGGUGGACGAGAAGACGUGGGACUUCACUCAGCGUCAGACGGAGGAGGAGAUCCAGAUGAAGAAGAGGAGGAAGAAAGACUCGAUUACCCAGAAGCACCUGGACAAGGCUCAGGUCGCAGAGCAGAAGAGCAAAUCAAACGUCUCGUUACUGGCCAAAAUCUUCAACCAAUCACAGUGACUGUAGAGAGACACCUGAUCGGCUGGUGGUCCGGACGGUGUGAACGUUUACCAGCGAAGCUCGUCCUCAGUCACCUGAGCCACGUCAACACGACUUCAUUCACACGACCGGAAAUCAGCUGCAGUUCAACCUUCACCAGGUUUAAUGAGUCUUGUGUCACAUGGUGUCUGAGUGUUAGCGUUAGCGUGUUAGCUGUCAGUUAGCUAGCUGUUAGCAUGUUAGCUGUCAGGAAGGUGUUAGCCUGCUAGCUAACCUCUCAGUCAACCUGAGGUUAAACCGUUUCUAUCACCGUGUCCAGAUGAGCUGGUUGAAUCAAAAAUAAAGACUCUGGUCCAAUCAGCUCCAGCGGUUCAGAGACGAACCGAGACGUUCAGAAGCAGAUUAAAAGUUUAUUUAUAGAAGCUUUUACGUGGAUCUGACUGAGAGACGUCGGGUCUGUGGCUCAAAAUAAACCAACAAGGAAUCACAUAUUUAAUGAUGCUUUUGUUUCAGCUUUUUAUUAUUGUGUUUUUUGGAUACAUGUAACAGUUUGAAUUUUGGAUAUUUGUGAUGAAUCAUUGGUGGAAAAAGAUAUUUUGAUAAAUAAAAAUAAAUAAAAACAGCCA